UCCGAUAUACAGUACAUGUCACUUAGCUACCUGUGUCUCUGGACCCUCCCUCUCUCUAAGUUUCACUUUCAGUUAUACAACUAAGUUUUCUACAAAGAUAAAGAACUCUUGGAGCAAUCUGUUUACAUUGCAGUCUCACCUGCUGUUCGGGCUGCUGCUGCCGACACUGAACAUCCCACUCCAGGCAGAUCCAUUUCUGCCUUGUCAGUGCAGGACAGCUCGUUCUGUCCACAGAACUUUUUCUAGGAAUCUGUGCCUGACAGUCUUCCUAACACUAGUUUUGUCAAGGUACUGAACAGACAUACUCUAUGUAGCAUGGAGCGACCUUCUAAAACCACCCAACCCAGGAAAAUGAUUUUCCACAGCGACAAACAGUGGAAUUUGGGGGAUGUCUCCAGCUGGGAGGAUGAAGAAAGACCUCAGAAACAGAAAAGAAAAGUAAAACAGGGUGAGACUUCAUACCUGACCCCAAAUCUGGACUUCUACCAAAACAAUAUGUGUUUCGAGCCAAACGGUGUACACAUAGAUGAGCUGCUUGCUAAAUGGAAGAAUGACUAUAUCCGGCUUGAGAUGAACCAUUGCUACAUUUCAUGGCUUUUUCCACUGCAACAACCUGGUAGAAAUUCAUAUGCUAAGCCACUGACAGUGAAAGAGAUCAAGAGUAUGAAAGAAGACACAAAUGUCAUGAGAAGGUUUAUUGAGUCUUACAAACUAAUGCUGGGAUUUUAUGGUAUCAAUCUCUGUGAUGAGAGGACUGGAGAAGUGGGUCGUGCAUACAAUUGGGAGGAAAGAUUUAAGAACCUGAACAAUCACAGCCACAACAACCUGAGGAUCACACGGAUACUGAAGUGUUUGGGGGAGCUGGGCUAUGAACACUUCCAGGCCCCACUUGUCAGGUUUUUCCUGGAGGAGACCCUGUGUAAUGGCCAAUUACAGAAUGUAAAAGGAAGUGUAUUAGACUAUUUCAUAUCCACUGUGAGAGACAAGAGAGAGCGCAGUAACCUGGAGCAUUUUGCCACCAAACACUACAAACCGCAAGAGAAGUUUAAAUUGGGACCUGUGGAAAAACGGAGAAAUCGCAGAACAUGACUGUGUAUAUACUGUAUGGGGUGUAUUCAAUAUGGGGUGUAUGGGGUGUAUUCAAUACCUGUUGGAUCCUUUCCGAUGGAAAGGAUUCGACAGGUCAGUAUUCAAUGACCUGCCUAAAUCCGACUGUCGGAUUUAGCCGCUCUCGACAGCCGCUUCCCACCCAUCCACGGCCCUCGGUCCCGACAGGCGCACCCUGCCGCUCCGCCCGGACAGGCGCUCCCUGCCGCUCCGCCCGGACAGGCGCUCCCUGCCGCUCCGCCCGGACAGGCGCUCCCUGCCGCUCUGCCCGGACAGGCGCUCCCUGCCGCUCCACCCGGACAGGCGCUCCCUGCCGCUCCACCCGGACAGGCGCUCCGCCCGGACAGGCGCUCCCUGCCACUCCGCACGGCUGCUACCCCUGCCGCUCUGUCCGGACAGCUGCUACCCCGGCCGACAUGUCGGAAAAAUUGGCCCGGCAUUGAAUAGGUCCAACAAGACGGCAGUUUCCGAGGUAUUGAAUACACCCCUAUGAGUGUGAUGGCAGGGUACAGAAAACAUGUAAAAAUAAAAUAAAAUUUGAUAUAAAAUUGUAAAUGCGCAGGCAAAGAACUAGUAAACAGGGUGGAAUGGUGAAAUUAAUUUCUUUAUCCCAUGUCCAUGUUACAUGGGGGAACCCUUAAUUUGCAGUAAAUUAUUUUUGUCAGGUAAAAGACUAAUUAAACAAAUCUUCUGUUGAUUGCCAAGCUAUCCAAUCAGUGUAAUGGAGAUUUGAUCAUUAUACACUACCACUACCAGUUACUUCGCUUUUGUAUGGAGACAGACAUUUUCAAAACUGUUACAUGUCUGGAAUUCGACCUUAAAGGGCAAAUUCAAUUACCUGUAGUGUUUACCGCGCAGGCAAAGCUCUGGGUUAAAUGUCUGGAGCUAUUCAAUAAUUCCGCAUUUUCCCUGCGCAGCAGACCUACGGGCAAUGCGUGGUAACCCAUAGAUUUCACGUUAAGUGCCUGACUCUGUGGGUUUCCCUACACUAUGAGCCCCAUAAAGUGAAUGUACUGCACAUUUUUCCUCGCAGCUUCUGAGGCUUAACGCACAAAGAUGCGGCUUAUGGUUGAAUUGCUGAGGGUAGAGCAAUUAGCCAUGGCUAAUACCCAUUUUCCACUAGCUUUAAAAACACGGGUAAAUGCGCGGGGUCCCCCUGCAAAUUCCCGGAUCAAGUGAUCCGGGAAUCCUACCCGGGUAUCCUACCCGGGUAAGCUGUGUAGUGUGAACGGGAGCCGUCUCAAUGCGACACGGCUACCGUUCACAGUGAAUGGAAGGGCGGCACUGGGAGAUCAUGUGAUCUCCCAGCGCCACCCCUGCCGCGUCAGCAGCAGCGUCACCAACCCGGCAAUAUGCCGGGUUGGUGAGCGCUGUGGGAAAGGGGGCUGUAGCACUGGUCGCAGCCUUGUCAGGCUCCCGGCUGCGACCCAUGCUACAGAUGGAAAAGGGGUAUAAUUGACUCUGCCCCCAUGUGUUCCAUGUGGCAUUCCCUAGGCCAACAGCACCACAAUGCCGAGUGAACUCACAG